AUGUCAGUUGACAGGGUAAUAGGUGCUGGUGGUGCGGAGAGGAAGCAGGGGGAGGAGGAGGAAGUGAAAGGGAUGUGGGGACGCAUAGGGAGAAGAAGGGGCGGGUCCAGGAGUGAGGAAGAAGCAGAGGGGGCAGACGGCAUGAUGUCAGUUGACAAGGUGACUGACGAGUUGACUUUUGAGUCAACUCAAAAGUCAACAGAGGGUGCAGGCGGCAUGAUGUCAGUUGACAGGGUGACUGACGGGGAAGAGGUGUGGGAGGAGGAGGAUGAGGAGGAAAGGGAGGAGAUGUGGGAGGAGGAGGAUGAGGAGGAAGGGGAGGAGAUGUGGGAGGAGGAGGAUGAGGAGGAAGGGGAGGAGAUGAGGGAGGAGCACAGGGCGCUGCAUGCGCCGUUGAAGGAAGUGCAGACGGCCAUUGAUAGCAGUCAGCAGGUAAGGAUGCAGGGGGCAGUGGUGUAG